UCUUCUUCUCCAAAAGGCAGCAGUACACUGCAGCCUACCCCACCUCUCUCUCUCUCUCUCUCUCGCUCUCUCUCAAACCAACAACUGUAAACCGCCACCUUUCCCCUCUCCAUCUCUCUAACCAACAACUUACAACAGAAGCCUCUCUCUCUCCCUCCCUCCCUCACUCCCUCCUUCACCUGUUCUUCCCUCUCUAGUUUUUCUCCCCCCCUUCAAAUCACCUCUCUCUCUGAAAAAUUAGUCAAAAAGAGAGAUGGGUAAAUACAUGAACAAAGCAAAGACAUCAAGAGAGGUGGCCCUCAUGGACUCCUCCCUCGGCGUCCGUACCCGCGCCAAAACCCUAGCUCUGCAGCAGCGUCUCCAGAAAUCUCCCCCGCCGGCCAAUUCCGCCGGCGGCGGUGGGGCCUACCUCCAGCUCCGCAGCCGGCGACUCGAGAAACAAACCCUAAUUUGCGAUUCCAAGAGACAGAAGCAAACGCCCAAAGAAAGUCCUGAAUCUAACCCUAAAUGCCCUGAUUUGGUGACCGAUGAAGGGACUCGUUUGGAGACAGAGGAAAAGAAGUGCAACGAUGCUGAUGAGGGAAUCGAAGCUUCUUUUGGGGAAAAUUUGGUGGGAUUUGAAGGCAGAGAGAGGGAAAGCACACCAUGCAGUUUGAUAACAGAUCCAGACUGCAUCAGAACCCCUGGUUCCACUACUAGGCCUACCAUGUCUACCGAAGCUAACAGGAGAUUGCAGAAUUCCAUGCCAAGACACAUACCAACCGCAAAGGAAAUGGAUGAGUUCUUUGCCAGUGCAGAAGAAAAGCAACGACGACAAUUUAUCGAGAAGUAUUUUCUCAUCUCUGCUUUUUCUUGUUUUUUGAGAAUGAUACAGCCCCGUUUGUUAAUGAAUGGCCCAUAUGCAAUUUGUUUUUUGGGUAAGUAAAUUUAUUUCACCAAAAAGCGCGAACAAGCUACAAAAUCGCUGGGGCAUCCCUUUGAACAAGGCAAAACCAACUACAAUGACCUCCCUUCACAAAAAUAGAGACACCUUACUUAUACACAAAAACAACAAACUAUCCACAAUUAUUAACUCCAAAAAUUCUGGAAUCCAGCAAAUGGUUGUACAUUUUUUAUAGGUCAUGUGGUGAAACUAAUCUUAAGGGGAAAGUCGAAUCUGGUGAUCCCACUACUGUCCCGCUAACUUAAUCAGAAUAAUAUAAGACUCUUUUUUCUUUUUUUGUUUUCCCAACAACUAAACGGGUUAGCAUGGAAUUCUUUGGCAGGUACAACUUUGAUCCGGUGAACAACGCUCCCCUCCCUGGACGUUACGAAUGGUCGAAGCUGGAUUCAUAGGUGUUCGUGUUUGAUCAAGACUUUUUUCCCUGCAAAUUGACAGUUGAUCAGAAUAACUGUGUAGUGAUCAAUAACUUAGUGUAGUUGGAAACAGUUGCAUGAAUUUGCCUUAGGUAACAUGGUAUUGGUGAUGGUGCUAUUUUCCAUUUUCCAUCUCCUUUCUUAACUUGUAAAGAGAGAAGUAGGAGGGCUGUCAAAAAGGGUAAAGAGUGUUGACUAAUGAUCUGCAAAAUAUGAAAAGCUUGUCAGUAAAACAAACUACUAAUACAACAAGGUCCUUUGUCUAACAGAUCCUCUGAGAAUGGGGAAGGGAGUUAGGGUUUAGUGUUUUAGGAGUUAGGGUUUUAGUGUUUUUAGGGUUAGGGUUGAAUCAAUUAGGUCCAGUCUUAGGUGGGUACAGAAAUUUACUUAGAUUUAGUCUUCUCUUGUAUUUUCCCUCCCCCUUUGUUGUUUAUACUGUACUGAUGGAACCAACUCUUUGGAAUAAAGAUGACCCAUUUCCCUUUGUUCA